AUGAUGCGUAGGAGGUGCAGCGUUGAGUCGUAUUGAUGGAUGUGUUAACAGACAGCAGUCUCACAUUGAUUGUGAAGACUUCAGAACCAGAGAAUGCAAACGUAUUGGAGAACACAGGGGUAUGUGAGCAGAGUGGUGAUCUGAGUCUGUGCGGACUCGUCGAUGCUGCUCUCCCUCCAUCCUCACCCCGACCUGCUGCAGAGACGUCACAGCGGGCCUGUCCAACACAACAGAGGACCACACCUCCACCGCCAACCCUGCCCCUGCCCAUUGGCACUGAUCCCUCUCUUGGCCUGACAGCAGCCCCCUGCCCUUCCUCCGAUGACUCUCCCACUGUAGUCCCACAAAUUCACCACCCUCCUACUCCCACUUCCCUUCCCACCCCGGCUGUAAACUCCUGGGGCUCAGUGGGAGACACCCAGAAGACUCCGCAUCCACUCCCCAUUGCCCUCCCUCUAUCAGCUACAAUGAUGGAGCCCGGCACUGUGUCUGUCCUGACAGAGGAGUGUCUUCUUCAGCCUUCACGCACCUGCCUUGGCUGCUUCAUUGAAACUUGUGAUGCUACUGACCCCAAUUCCAUCCAGAACCCACCGCUUGACCCUAACACUAACCCAGACACAGAGACUGGGCUAAGUGUAAGGAUAGGGGAUGUAAGCCGAGAGGACUUCUCAGACAUUAACAACAUCAGCAUCCAGUGCCUGAGUCAUGCAGGAGAGACAGUGAGUCACUAUGGAGAACAGCUCCUCUCUGACCAGCUACUAAGCUUUCCUCUGCCGAAAGCCCCAGGUGAGGGCAAGAGAGCGGAUGGAAACAAAACAACAGAGGAUUGUGAUGAUGCAGAGGAUGAUGCAACAGCUAAGAACUUGUAUGAGGGACUGUUACUGGACAAAGUGAGCGGAGAGGAGGUUCUGUUGGCUAAUGCCGGCCAGGACUGGGGCUACUUUGAGUCUUUCAUCAGCGAGAGUAAGAUGGAACUGCUGGACCUUUGUUCUAAGAAUGAACUGUCAGUCAACCUCUUCUCUGAGGAAGACGUCGACAACCUCUUUGAUGAUGAAGAUGAUGAUUCCACUUUAAGCAGUGAUGUCUGUUCGCUGAAGAUUCGUUAUGAGUCUUUCCAGGACAACAUGAGGGAGAAAACAAAUGUGCUCCAGGAGGAGACACAGUUCAACUUCUUCCCCAGUGUCCUGGCUAACUGUGCCAAGAAAGAGGAAGGAGUGGGCGUCCUGAGGAGGAGUGCUGAGGAGCUGCAGCCCAAAACUGAUGAGCUCAUCCUGGAGACCGGACAGGAAAGAAAAGCUGGGGACUGCAGUGGUAGGAGCCCUCUUGACGGCUCCCAAGGCUCACCCAUGUCUACUCCCAAAGUUAAUUACUUAAUGGAUUUCAAUUCCACGGAGGAGUCGGGAGAAUUCAGUGAUGACAGCUCCUGCACAGGCUCCUCCUCAGACACUCUGCAGGAGGGCAAAUUUAAAAAAGGCCACUCAAAAAGAUUCCUCAGCCCCUCCAACCCACUAAACUACGGCUUACGCUCCAAGAGAAAGGUUAGAUACAGCGAUGAUUACUUAUAUGAUGUUGACUCGCUCGAGAGUGAGAAGAAUGCUGAGAAAAAGGAAAAAGUUCCUGCUGGUCAGAAAGAGGAGGAGGAUGUGGACUGGUGCCCCAAAAAGCGACGGAAAUCCUGUCGUAAGGAACCACCCGUUGUCAUCAAGUACAUCAUUAUCAACAGGUUUAAAGGAGAGAGACUCAUGUCAGUGAAACUGGGAAAGUUAGACCCUUUGGAUGCUACUGUGAGCUUAAACACAGACACAGUAAGCAAAUAUGAGAAACUGGCUCCUCUGAAGGAUUUCUGGCAAGAGAGGCAAAGAGAGAGACAGGAACAGCUUAAGCUGGCUGCCAGAGAUAAAAAACAACGCAGUUUUCAUCUAAAUGGACGCCAUCAUCGCCCUUUUAAUUCUAGUCAUCCCAAAAGGAAAUACAAGAUUGCAAACAGGCUUAAGGUUCAGAGGAUUCAUGCUGUGGAACAAUCAGCAACAGCACAGGGCUCCGCUCUCUCUGAUCAGGGCCAGGGAGGUGUCACUAAAGCGGAGGCCACCCCCAUGGUAGGGGGAAUAAUAGCAGCUCCAGGCCUCCCAGUCACAUUAGACACGAGCUCCAUCACGCACACAGUCACAGCCAAGAGCCGCUCCCAGGAGAGGGAGGAGAGGGAGGGGAGGAGACUGGGAGGAAAUAAAACAGUCAGGAUAAGGAAAUUCAAAAGCGAAGCAAGGCUGAGGAGCAAGAAAAUGAAAGAGGCAGAAGGAGAGGAGAGGAGGAGUGUGACAAAUGAAACGGAUGCCUGUGUACCUGCAGCACAGAUUGAGAACCCAACUGCUGGGUUAGAAGAGGCAGGCAUUAGCUCAACUACAGUCAAACCCCAUUUUUCUGACAAUACCACCCCUGCUCACAGAUCUGAGGAGAAAUUCUCCUUUGUUACGUCCACCUGCUCUGCUGAUAAAGCUCCUUCCUCAGAGGAGGUGGAGGCGGGUGUCCCUGUCAUCCCGGGAGGCUACCUGCAGACCCUGUUAGAUGCUACAGACUCUUCUGGCGGAGCAGCUAUCUCAUAUUUCCCCCAGCAGUCCUCUAGGCAACAGUAUCCUCUGGGGCUAUCCCUAGAGGAGAAACAGUUUUCUUCUCUGCAGCUCGCUCAGAGCUGCGUCCUCUCGCCUCCUUCUGAGUCCGAGCUCCAGCAGUCCCCCCAGAACUGCCCCAGCUUCCCCCAGAUGUGGCACCAGCAGCUCUGCGCAAGUCACAGCCAGAGCUUUGGGCCAGAGACCCCUGAGACUCCCAUCUUACCCAACAACUUUGCAGGUGCUGUGCCCCUGAACGACAACCUGCCAGUGUCUAACUACAGCCAGCUGAGCCCUGAGGCGGACAGGCUGCUUUAUGACAAGAGCUACCUGACUGAGGCUGGGCUGCAGCCCGGGGCAGAUGUGCAAGUGUCUCAGUCUGCCUGUGUGGAUGGCCAGGUGCAAUACCAGAGAGGGUCCUUGUGCACAGACAAUGGUAGGCUCGUCAGCUAUGACUCAGUGGGCUCUCUGUCAGCCUCCUCUAGCAAUUACAGCUCCCUCAGCCUCAAGUCUUGUGAGCGAGAGGGUGAGGAGGAGGGCCGAGACAGCUUCUUAGCUCAUUGCAGUCCGAAAGUGGUGAUUCAGCAGAGUGUGGAUGCCCUUACCCCACUCAGGGAGUCCUCAGACCUACUGGAUAUCUCCAACUUUACCCCUGACAAAUUUAGACACUCAUCACUGUCAGAACUGUCCCCUCCUGAGACCCCCAACCUGUCCCCGCAGGUGGUAGGGCGUGAGAUGAAGAUAGCUGGGAAUGUUGGAGAAUACCAGGAUGUUAAUGAUAUGACCAUGGACUGCAAUAGGGAAGUAAAGUGGAACUGUGAUGUUAUACAGCAACAAGAGCACACAGCAAAUGCAUACACGGUGGAAGACAGCCAGUUUCCACUCCACAACUUCAACAAUCAGAAUGUGUUAUGUUUAGAUAAAAAGGAGCUGGGUGUUACAGAAUUUGAUGAACAGACUGGUGAGAUGCUGCCUGGAGUGAAAAGCAUAAAGUCUAAGAGGAAAGGCAAUUGCAAACAGACAGCUGCAGGACAGAGCCCAAAGAAAGUCCGGGCUCCCAGAGCUCCCAAGUCAGAAAAGGUUAAGACGCCCAAACAGAACUCACGUUCCACUAAAAAGAUAAAGGCCAUGUUAGAGGGUAAGGCAGCAAAGAACCAGGCAGGCGGUUGUGCCACAGGCCUGACUGACAGUAGCACCACUGGGGACUGGUCUGGCACCGGCUGGUCAGAAAGCAACAAUCUGGUGGGGGAUGACCAGAGAGAAUUCGAGGAGCCCUCCAAUAUCCUGUCCAACAUUGUCUCUGGCAUGGCUGAGGUCCAAAGGUUCAUGAUGGCCUCCAUUGAGCCACUGUGGAAUCCCAUGUCGGAGGCCUGUAUGCCCUCCGAGGCCAAUAGCCUCAACCUAAAGACCCUAAAAAUCUUGGCAGGCACAGAGGCGGACCUGAAGAAAAAAGGAGCUGUGCUCACAGGGGCUGGGAGAGGCAGAAAGGCUGGGGGAAAGGGAGGAAAAAACCAGGCCAAAUUCAACCCCUCUCAUCCCUUAUUCCCUCAGCUAGCACUGGGCUGUAACAUGUUUGAUAAACCCAACUUUAUUAACCCCGGGCCUGCGCACAAAAAGCUGUACCGCCACAAGACCAGUGCAAAGUUCCCUCGGAUUGAGACACUGAAGGGGAAGCGAGGUGAGAGAGACCCAAAUAAGGACUUAGCACUGAUCACCUCUUUUGAGAAACUGAGGUAAUAUUUUGUUAUCAGCUGCUGUUGCACCCCCUCUCACUUUCCCCCCACUACCUGCUCAGCCCUCCCUCCCAAGCAUACCUACACUGACGCUAUGCCAGAGCUGCAUGAGUACUACGUUCCCCCUGACUACUCCCAAUUCCUUUUAACCCCCCCCCCGAAGAUGAAAUUAAUAUCUGCAUGAAAAACUUCUUGUACUUUGCAAACUACCUAUUGAGUGAUUGUGUCAAGCUUGAUUGAGAUUUGAAAUGACCAUGGCUGCAUUUUUCUUGCUUUUGUUGUUUCUGCUUUGUUUGUUCUUCUUAUAGUCGUUUUUGUUUUAUUUUUGUCUGAAAAAAAAAAGAGAAUAAGCCUUGAAAACAGUUCUGUCGCCUUUUUGAGGAAUUUUGUUUUUGUAUUUUCUCAGCAGAACUAGCUCCCCUGAAUUAUGUAUUUAUUCCCCCCUUUUCCCUAAAGAUGUAGCUAUAUACACAAAUGCAUUGAGUGACAUCUACGCACCCCUCCUCAUCUGUUUUUGUAUGCAGAAUAUGGAUGUCCUGUUGUUGCUGUCCUUCAUACACUGCCUGGCUCAUUUCAAUAGAGGGAAACCUACAAUUAAUGAGCCGUAUUUAAGCCCAAGACAUCUUGAAAACGCAAGAUGGGACCAUUUUGUAUUGACGACAUAUCAGACAAUGUUUAUUUCCCUCAAAGUUGGAAUGACUCCCCAUUUUUUCCUUUUUUUCUUUUUCUUCUGGGGUUUAGAGGACCUGGUUAUCUAAAUUUACAUUUUUACGCCUUGCAAAUUCAUAAAAGCUCCACCCUCAGAGUAUUUUUGUCAAUGUUGUUGUACAGGGACAUGCAAUAUUUGCAAAAAAAGAUGAUUAUAAUCUUAAAAUCAAUGUGCCAAAAGUAACAAUGCUGUGUAAAUGACCUCUUAUAUAUGUGUGAAUAUUGGCUGUUCCUCUUUUCUAUCCAUUGGAAUAUUGGCUGCUCGGGUUGGAGACUCCUUACAGAGACUUGCCACUACAGGAAUUCUUUAUUUGGGACUUUUCUCUCUCCGAUGAAAGGCACCAACAGCUGGCAGUGGUACACCACCACUCACUAAACCAAAUCAGAAAGACUCUGAAUUCUCCUCGUUUCCCCCACUUUGUUUGCCAAAUUCAAUUUACCUCAACAUCGCCUGGCACUGAGAAGCAACAAAAGAGAGGCAAAGGGGAGAUGUGCUCUGAAGGCUACUGUAGAGGAAGAAGAUGAAAAAAGAGAUGUUCAAAUGAGCUUUCUCUGGACCAAGGAGAGUGUAGUGCAGAUGUUUGAGGGUAAGCAAGGAAAUUAUUUGUCAUUUGUCAGAGGCAGUGCCUCACUGAAUACCUAUUUUGUACUGGAAAUUCAAGGUGGUUUAUUACUCAUUGAGAUUCUGAUGCACGCAUCAGUCAUGAAUGGAUAUUACAUUGUUGCAGUUAAAUUUAAUGUGAAUGUGAAAGCAGUUUUCAGUACAAAUGGAAUCAGUAAUCUUGUAAAUGAAGGAAAGCAUGUCUUUAGCUCCACUUGGAAAUCUUACUUCUAUCUUACCUGAAACGGUAAUAUAAACAGUAAUUUUCCUUGACAUUCUCAUCUAAUUUAUUUCUUAACGCUGCCAUACUCAGUAAGUUGUUUCUCUAGUUAUUUUGGACCAUUUUGUCUCAUAAUGUCUACGUUCAACUUAAUUUUGAAGGUACUUUUCGUUUCUGUCUUGUCUUUAUCAUAAUCUCUAAUUUGGCAGAAAAUAUUUUCAAAAUCAAGGCCAAAUAAGGGCACAAACUGAAAAUAAAAAAUCUAUGUGUACGAUCUGAUCCAGUGUAUUCCCACGCAAUUAAUAUGAAUUACUCGGGGGUCGUUCACCUCCACACUGCCCAGAAAUAAAUCAAACAUAAAACAGAGUUUACAAUCAUGUUUAAUCUGCUGUAAAAGUGUUUUUAUAAAAUAAAUACAUUCACCUGGUUUUACAAGUAAAUACUUAACAGGCUAAUAUUUUAUCUUUGAAAGUUAAGUAUUAUUUAAAGAAUAAAGCAGUUUAACAUGAGCCUGCAUGGAGAUAUGCAGACAAAUUGAAGCUUGAUUUAAAAACGGGCCUUGUCACACUGGAUAUGGUAAUUCUGAUGCACACGUGAUGGUAACUGAUUGCCUGCAUAUGGCAGGAUUCAUAAUCAAUCUUUCUCUGUCUCUCCUUUCUCUCUUCUCUGCCAUGAUCCUUUGUUUCUUUUCUCCAGUGUAUCAGGGUUAGGACCAAGACAAGCUGCUGAUGGGAAGCUCCAUGGGCUGCAAGCCCAUUUAGUCUGCCUUCUCUCAUUUCUGCCUAUUGUCAAAUUGAAUGUACUUCUCUGAGUUCAUAGUUAUUUCUCUUUGUUUGUUUUCAAAAUGUGCCACUGUUGAGCUGCCUCAUGUUAAUGGUGCUAAGAAAGCUGACAAUUAUUUUGGUUCUUUCCUUUUUUCUCUUUUUUUGUCUUUGGUUUUUUUUGUUUUCCCAGAGUUAACAAAAAAAGAAAUGCAAAAUAGAUUAGGUACCUAACCCUCUUUAUGAAUGUAUAUUAUACUGUUAUGUUUGAUGUAUUCACUUCAUGAUUCUUUGACAAUGAUUGGAAUUACUUUUGCUCUUUUCAUUAAAAGAUUA